CAACAUACAGCAAUAAACAUUGCAGAAGGAAUUGAAGCAGUAAUGUAUAAACUUGAUAUUAAUAAGUUUAUUGCUGUAAUUACAGACAAUGCACCAAACAUAAAAGCUGCUUGGUGUAUUCUCAAAACUUUUGUUAGUUUAAUUAAUAAGCUUGAAGAAGAUAGACCACUUUUAUCAGUUGCAUUUUUAAAAUUACAACAAUUGGAAGUAUUUAUAUAUAAUAAUACUUAUGUUCCAAAUAGCAUUAUUGUAAAAAAUAUACAAUUUGCAAAAUAUUGUUGA